AUGUAUCAGAAUCAGGUGGUGUUGACGCGCGAACGCCGUCGCUUUGGACGCCAAUGCAUGUUCGAGGAUCGCAAUGAGUUGAUGGUCAGCGUGCAUCCAAGCAGCCGACUGCGUCUCAAGUACAUCCUGGGGAAUCCGCAGGCGCGUUCAAUGCAGCUCAGCUCGGUGAUGGCAUUCAGUGAGGUGGAAACGGAAAAUGCAACAUUCGAUGAGCAUGGCAUGUUCCACUAUGAGGGCGGUUGGCCCAAAGAGGUCAAUAUGAACGAUGAGGAGCAAACGUUGCGUCAUCGCAAGAAAGUGGAACGUGACGAUGCCUGGGGCGAGGAGGUGAAGACAUUGAUAAGGAGCACCAUGAAUACGGCACGUCAAAAUAAUGCCAUCAAUAUCUAUAGUCAUUUCUUUGAUGAUAUUCCUCCGGAAGUGGGUCGCACCAUUUGCAUGCCAUUCAAAUCGCGCACUAUCAAUAUUAUCCAUGAUAUGUGGCAGCCCCAACGCUACAUGUCCAUUAUCAACUGGAUGCCCAACAACAACAAACAGAUAAUGACCCAAUAUAGUAAUCUGUAUAAUUUGCACAAUGAUAAUCGUCGCAUGGUCACCGAAGAUCCCACCAAUGGCAGUACGAAUGCCUUUUAUGUCUGGGACGUGAAGAAUCCCAUCAAGCCGGUGUAUUACUAUGAUAGCGUUGAGAUUGUGGCCUGUGCCAAGAUCUGUCCCAAGGAGGAGAACAACAUGGCGGCGGGCACAUAUACGGGCAAGGUGUGCACCUGGGAUACCUUUGAGAGCGGCAUGCCCACCAACAUUUGUCCCAUGGAGGCGGCACAUCGUGAGAUGUGCUCCUCCCUCACCUGGGUCUAUUCCAAAUUGAAUACGGAGUUCUAUUCCGCCUCCUUGGAUGGCUCGAUUAAGUUCUGGGAUACACGAGAUCUCAAGAUGCCGUCCAAUGAGAUAUUCCUGGAGCCGCGUCCACAGCAUCGUCAGAAUCGUCAGGAUGCACAUGGUUGCACUGUGCUGGAGUUUGAGUAUACGAUUCCGGUGCGUUUCAUUGCCGGCAGUGAUAUGGGUUACAUUUUUGUGGGCAAUCGUAAGGGUCUCAAUCCUGUCGAGAUGCUGGUGGGCAAUUAUCAAAUCUGUGCUGGUCCCAUUCGCACCAUACAUCGCAAUCCAUUUUUUGUGAAGAACUUUCUCAUUGUGGGAGAUUGGCGUGCUCGGAUUUGGUGUGAGGAGGUCAAGAAUCGUCCGAGUACCAUGUAUGUCCAGAAGCGUUCCCAAUUGAUGUGUGGCGCUUGGAGCACUGGACGUGCCUCCCUCUUUGUCACCGGCGACAUCGAUGGCGUUGUCGAUUUCUGGGAUCUACUCCUGAAUCAUCGCAAGCCCAUCUAUAGCAUCAAUUUCCGUUCGACCAUCACGGGCGUCGUCUUUCAGCCGGGUGGACAGCACUUGGCCAUUUCCCUGGCCAAUGGCGAUACGCACAUCAUGAACCUGGACGAGGCCAUGAAGCGCACCACCAGCAAGGAGAAGGCUCUAAUGGCAGCGAUGUUUGAACGGGAGAUUACGCGUAGCAAGCUCCUCGAGGCACGCGUGGAUGAGAUCAAAUUGAGGCGUCGCACCUUAUUGAUGGAGGAGGAGGAGCGUGAAUCGAAGGUUGCGGUCGUUGAAGAGGUUGUGCCCGAUCUGGAACUUGAUCCUGACAAUCCCGAUCAGUUCAUCAAGAUGAUCGAGUCCGAUGAACAGUUCCGUCUCGCCUUGGCCCAUUUCCAUGAGACCCUCGAGGCUGUCGAUCGCAAACGGGCCGCCGAAAAGAAGGUCAUGGAACGCACCGACUUUGAGCAAUUCUAUUUGGAUAAUCUUGCCGAGCAGGCCAAAUUGGAGGAGGCGCGCAAGAAGCGUGCUGGAUCCAUAACCUCCAAAGAGGCUCGAGAACUCCGGGCGGCCAAGAAGAAGGCAGCCAAGGCCAAGGGCAAGAAGUAAAAGUUGAAAAAACCCUAUAGCAUACAUGUAUUUUCCAUUAUAAUAAUAAUAACAUUUGAGUAAUGCCAAAUAGUCCAGUAAA